UAUGAUGGUAAACAACUUCAGAGUUUUGUUGCAGACAAAAAUAUAUAUGAUAUUAUUAUUUUUAAAUAAAUAUAUUAUUUAUUUAUUUGAAAUUUUUGAUAAAAGAAAAUAAUGAAUUUGAAUAUUUUAUUAAAUUAAACAACAUGAGUAUAUCGACAGAGGAAUUUUUAACAGAGGUCUGUGGUCCGCCACCAAUUUUAUCGGACAUCAGAGACGAACUUUGUGAGUACAUCGAGUGUCCAGAGAAACUACCGAUUCACCAGGUAGAGAAUGUCCAGCUGUACUGGCCACGUGAGCCAGAUAUUUUGUCGCUUCUUGAGUACGAUUUGUCUCCGGUUGGUACAGUGCUCAAGUAUGACCGGGACCCGAUAACUGGACGCAUUACGCACAUGAGGGAAGAUGUUCUGCAGGGAGCUGGGGAAAAUGCUAAAAAUUCAAUGUCUAUGUCACGAGCACCUGGUCCACCGAUGGAAGGAGUCCAAGGUAAUUCGAGUAACUUUCCCUUCUGGCCUGGUGGUUUCGAUGAGCCGGAGGUGCUGAAGACAGUCUCGGUGUCGGACCUGGACCUAGAAAAUAAUUUACGGACUCUGGCAAAAGGUUUCCAGGCGGGUGUAGAAUUUUCCAGUGACAAUUUCACCCCCAAGGAUGCCGUCAAAAAUGAUUUCAAAAACCAGCAUAAGAAAAAACCAAAGCUUAAGUUGGAGAAAGUCAAUUUGAUGGCGAUUGUAAAUGAGGAGGGAAACAAAUUGGGCCUUUGGUCGUCGUCGAGUUCCUCAGAAACGGAGCAGGUUAAAAAAUUCGACGAUACUGUUGCGAAUCUUGAAGACAUCGACGACUUGGUGAUAGACGACUCGCAUAUCCCAGUGCUUAAACUCGUUGAGAAACCAAAAUCGAUGCAAGCCGAGUGGGCUGAACAGCUGGACGUGUCGAUACCUGUUCCAGAUUUUGACAAACGUGUGCCAAAACCAGCUAUCACUUUUGAUUACGAGCUGGACACAUUUCAAAAGCAGGCUAUUAUUAAACUGGAAGAGGGCUGCAAUGUCUUCGUCGCUGCUCACACUUCCGCUGGUAAAACAACCGUCGCCGAGUACGCUAUUGCCCUCAGUCAGAGACACAUGACACGUGUCAUCUACACAUCUCCAAUAAAAGCCUUGUCAAAUCAAAAAUACCGGGACUUUAAACGUAACAAACACUUUGAGAGCAUCGGUUUGGUAACCGGAGACAUGCAGAUCAACCAGACAGCAAACUGUUUAAUCAUGACCACUGAAAUUUUGCAGACGAUGCUCUACAACGCGUCAGAAGUCUUGCGUGAUCUCGAGUACGUAAUCUUUGACGAAGUCCAUUACAUCAACGACGAGAACCGCGGUCAUGUUUGGGAAGAAAUUGUUAUUCUUUUACCCCCAAAUGUCAAUAUUGUUAUGCUAUCAGCGACUGUUCCAAAUCCUCUGAUAUUCGCCAACUGGGUUGGUAAUAUCAAGAAGCGUAAAAUGUUCGUAAUAAGUACGUUGAAACGGCCGGUACCGUUGAAACACUACUUAUACAUUGGUACUGAUGGCAAGACACGAAACGACAGGUUCCUAGUGCUGGAUGGCGAAGGACAAUUCAACUUGGACACCUGGUACAAAGUGAAGCAGCUCAAAGACUCGAAGAAAAAAAAUAACCGGGACCCCAAGAAAGACAACAGACGCAUACAGAUGACGCCGAAGCAAGAGAAGACAAUGUGGGAAGCUUUCAUAGCUCAUCUUAAAGAGCAUGAGAAAUUACCAGUCGUCAUAUUUACUCUGUCGAGAAAUCGGUGUGAUAUGAACGCAGAUUCUCUGACGUCAGUCUGCCUGACUACGGAGACUGAGAAAGGACACGUGAGAGCUUUCUUUAAAAAGUGUAUCAAGCGUUUGAAUGACGCAGAUCGUGAAUUGCCGCAAAUAAAACGGAUGGAAAGUCUGCUGGAACGGGGUAUUGGUGUCCACCAUAGCGGGAUCCUGCCUAUCUUGAAAGAAAUAAUCGAGUUAUUGUUUCAAAACGGUGUUGUUAAAUUACUGUUUGCUACAGAGACAUUUGCGAUGGGUAUCAACAUGCCCGCGCGUACUGUCGUCUUCGACUCAAUACGGAAAUUCGACGGCAAACAAUUCCGCGGACUACUGCCCACGGAAUAUAUUCAGAUGGCCGGUCGUGCUGGCCGACGUGGACACGAUAAGUCGGGUACCGUAAUAAUAAUGUGUAAGACAGAGGUACCGCAUUUUAUGGACCUGAGAGCGAUGAUGUGCGGCGAGCCGCAGAACCUGCAGUCACAAUUUAAAAUAACUUACUCUAUGGUACUGAACUUGAGACGAGUCAGUGAGUCGGUCAGUGUUGAGGACAUGAUGCGUAGGUCAUUCAAAGAGCUCUCAUUAAUUACUGACAUCACUAAGCGGAAGACCGAGUUGAAUGAAGUGGAAGAAGCGCUGGCUAAACUCCCACCGGAGACUGAAUUCCAGAAACAGUUGUCCGAGUUCUAUAAGCUAGCGAUGGAGUACAUCACCGAGUGGAGAACACUCAGUCCGCUUUUAUUCAUGGGAAAAAAAGUUUCAAAAGCUUUGUUGCCUGGUAAAGUACUGAUCAUAUCAUACAGACAUCAUUAUUACAAGCUGGCUGUGCUGCUGAAUGUAAGUCAGAAACGGGAGGAGGUGGAGUACGGGGUGCUGUGUUUAAAAAAUUCAAAUGAGUCCCGGGAGAAACUCAACAAACCAGAAAACUGGUACAGAAUAUUAUCCCUGACUAGAAGAACUGUCUUUGUACCUGAAGGAGUCCCGUCACACGAGUAUUUAGUAAUUAAAGCAGAAAAUAUAAAUGAAAUAACAAACUGCGUGAUCGGUACCGACUGCAGUCUGGUACUGAAAGACUGCGAGAAACGCAAGAUAUCGCGGUUCCAAAACGACCCACCUAGUCCAUCGUGCCAGGCUGCUAUCCAGGACCUGAUAUCCCUGUCCCUGAUGACUCGCUCCUCUCCGAAGGUUCUCCAGCCUUACCUGGAGCCACCGGUUUCCCACCCAGAGCUCGUUCCUAGAUCAAAGUACCUCGCCCAGCUAGAGAAGAAUAUCGCCCAGACAAAAGUGUCCGAGCUGCCGAAUUUGGAGCAGCACUUUGAAGCCGUCUUCGAACGCAACGAACUCGAACGUCGUCGACGCGAGCUAGAGUUCCAAUUAAGUGACGAAAGUCUCGCUCUUUACCCAGAGUACGUCAACAGAGUCAAGGUAUUGAAGAGACUGGGGUACAUUGACACCGACGACAGAGUCACUUUGAAAGGUCGCGUGGCAUUAGACAUGGGUACUCAUGAGUUAUUGAUCACAGAAUUAGUUUACCGUAAUAUUCUAACAAACUUGCAGCCAGCAGAGAUAGCCGCCCUUCUGUCUGCUCUAGUGUUCCAGCAAAAAGUAGAAAACGACCCAGAGCCAAAACUAUCAGUACUCAAAGAAACAAUGAAAACAAUGAUAGAGAUACGUCAUGAGAUAGAAUCUAUAGAACUGCAGUAUGGAAUGGAAACAGUAGAGCCACUUAACUUCGGUCUAGUGGAGGUUGUUUAUGAGUGGGCUCGAGAAGAGUCGUUUGCUAAAAUAAUGGAGCUAACAGAGGUCCAAGAAGGGAUUAUUGUCCGUUGCAUCCAGCAAUUAAACGACACACUAAAGGAUGUUAAAACAGCAGCAAAUAGAAUCGGCGAGACUGUUUUGAAAGAAAAAAUGGAGGAAGCCUCAACGGCUAUCAAGCGUGAUAUUGUUUUCACGGCUUCCCUCUACACUCAGGACUAA